CGCUUACUGAGAAAGAAGCCGGCCCAGCCGCCGCCGCUCCCCGACGCCCGCUCCCCAAACCCCGCGCCUAGAUUCCGGCGCUCCGACCCCCACGCCCGCCUCCGCCAACUUUCACGCUGCCUCAGCGGCCCGGCCCGGCUUGGCGCCAAUGGUGGAGGCCAUAGUGGAAUUUGACUACCAGGCCCAGCACGACGAUGAGCUGACGAUCAGCGUGGGUGAGGUCAUCACCAACAUCAGGAAGGAGGAUGGAGGCUGGUGGGAGGGACAGAUCAAUGGCAGGAGAGGUUUGUUCCCCGACAACUUUGUAAGAGAAAUAAAGAAGGAUAUGAAGAAAGACCCUCUCUCCAACAAAGCUCCAGAAAAGCCCAUGCACGAUGUGUCCAGUGGAAACCCUUUGCUGUCUUCUGAAACCAUUUUAAGAACCAAUAAGCGAGGUGAGCGACGGAGGCGCCGAUGCCAGGUGGCAUUCAGCUACCUGCCCCAGAAUGAUGACGAACUUGAGCUGAAAGUUGGUGACAUCAUAGAGGUGGUAGGAGAGGUAGAGGAAGGAUGGUGGGAAGGUGUUCUCAAUGGGAAAACUGGAAUGUUUCCAUCCAACUUCAUCAAGGAGCUAUCAGGGGAGUCAGAUGAGCUUGGAAUUUCCCAGGAUGAACAGCUGUCCAAGUCAAGGCCUGAAGGUCUCCCUCCAGUUUCUCUGCUGCCCUUCCCAGCUCACGGAGCAAAAGGAAAGACUACCUUUGAAGGGACAAUUCUGUACCGAGCUGCACCGGGAAAGACGGAGGGCCACAGACGCUAUUACAGCUUAAGGGAGACCACAGGCUCCGAGAGUGAUGGGGGUGAUUCAAGCAGUACCAAGUCUGAAGGUGCCAAUGGGACAGUGGCAACGGCAGCCAUCCAGCCCAAGAAAGUUAAGGGAGUGGGCUUUGGAGAUAUUUUCAAAGACAAGCCAAUCAAACUAAGACCAAGGUCAAUUGAAGUAGAAAAUGACUUCCUGCCGGUAGAAAAGACUAUCGGGAAGAAGUUACCUCCAACUACAGCAACUCCAGACUUGUCGAAAACAGAGAUGGACAGCAGGACAAAGACCAAGGAUUACUGCAAAGUAAUAUUUCCAUAUGAGGCACAGAAUGACGAUGAAUUGACAAUCAAAGAAGGAGAUAUAGUGACUCUCAUCAAUAAGGACUGCAUCGACGUAGGCUGGUGGGAAGGAGAGCUCAACGGCAGACGAGGAGUGUUCCCUGAUAACUUCGUGAAGUUACUUCCACCAGACUUUGAUAAGGAGGGAAACAGACCCAAGAAACCACCACCUCCAUCCGCUCCUGUCAUCAAACAAGGGGCAGGUACCACAGAGAGAAAACAUGAACUUAAAAAGAUACCUCCUGAAAGGCCAGAAACACUUCCAAACAGAACAGAAGAGAAAGAAAGACCAGAAAGAGAGCCAAAACUGGAUUUACAGAAGCCCUCUGUUCCUGCCAUUCCACCAAAAAAGCCUCGGCCACCUAAGACCAAUUCUCUCAACCGACCCGGCGCACUGCCCCCAAGAAGGCCGGAGCGACCAGUGGGCCCACUGACACAUACCAGGGGUGACGGUCCAAAGAUUGAUUUGGCGGGCAGUGCGCUAUCCAGCAUCUUGGACAAGGACCUCUCAGACCGCAGCAAUGACAUUGAUCUAGAAGGUUUUGACUCUGUGGUAUCAUCUACUGAGAAACUCAGUCACCCAACCACAAGCAGGCCAAAAGCUACAGGGAGGCGACCUCCAUCCCAGUCACUCACAUCUUCCUCCCUUUCAAGCCCCGAUAUCUUUGACUCCCCAAGUCCCGAAGAAGAUAAAGAGGAACACAUUUCGCUUGCGCACAGAGGACUAGACGUAUCCAAGAAGACUUCAAAGACUGUUACCAUAUCCCAAGUAUCCGACAACAAGGCACCCCUGCCACCCAAGCCAGGGACCAUGGCAGCCGGCAGUGGUGGGCCAGCCUCUCUGUCCUCAGUGGUGUCCUCCCCCCUGUCAUCCUCUUUGGGAACAGCUGGACAUAGAGCCAACUCCCCGUCUCUAUUUGGCACGGAGGGAAAACCAAAGAUGGAGCCUGCAGCCAGCAGCCAAGCAGCUGUGGAGGAGCUAAGGACGCAGGUCCGCGAGCUGAGGAGCAUCAUUGAGACCAUGAAGGACCAGCAGAAACGAGAGAUUAAGCAGUUACUCUCAGAACUGGAUGAAGAGAAGAAAAUCCGGCUUCGGUUGCAGAUGGAAGUGAAUGACAUAAAGAAAGCUCUUCAAUCAAAGUGAAUACUUGACAACUGAGAUGUCACAUUAUUCAUCCUGAGUCCAAGACUCAAAAUUUUCUGCCCCAGCCAAAAUAAUCUUGUGCCAAAAGAUUAAAGGUUUGCCUCAACAUGUCCCUGUUUGAAAGAUUAGCACAAAAGUCUUGAUAGCACAACACAAAUUCCAUCCAAGAGGAGAAUCUUCCCCAUGGUAUAGUCCUGGGUCUGGCACUGGUUGUGACUUAGAGCAAAUUGUGCUAAAUGCUUUUCUACCUUGAUAUCUCAUGCGAAACGAAAACUCAGGCAGUUUAGUCCAUAGUGGUACUAUUUUGAUGAUAUUUUCCAUUAAUAAAAUGUAAUUUCAGAUUAUUCGUUUACAAGGUUUAUAAUUUUAUGAUUUUUUAAUCGUGUUUUGUCACAGAUGCCUCUAGUGUUUGUACUACACCUAGUCAGAAAUGAGCUUCUUGUUAUUUUGCUUCAGGUGAAAGCUGCCUUUCUUUGUGUUCCCCUUUAGGAUUCUAUUACAUAUGCAAUUUUAGUUCCAACCCAUCCCUUCUCCUGCCAGCAGACCCUGCCACCCUAAGAGAAAUUUUAGCUUAUAUUUGAUGGUAUAUUUACAAAAAGAGAAAGAGAAAAUCUGGUAUUUGCAAUGAUCUGUGCCUUCUUUUUACCACCCUCUUGAUUGGAGCUUUUGUGAUGCAGCUACCAUGAUUCAAAAAAUAAAUAAAUAAAAAUAAAAAUAAAGAAAUAAAAUUCUGCCACUUACUCAAGUCCACUAGAGGCCACUGUGUUCACAGCUUCUCUCACCCUAGCCAAAGGUCCUAAGACAGCUGAGAAGUUGGAUGUGCUCUGUGGUGCCAGCUGUGACUUUUCAGUUUCUCCUACUUUUGGGUUGUUCACGAAACUAGAAAUGUCAUCCCUGCUUGAUUUUUCAUCAGCCAAGUUAAACCCCUGCUUCCUGUCUUUUGCACCUUUUGCGUGAACAGAAUAUGCAUUAUUAAAGCAAAAAAUAAAAAAUUUAAAUGCAAAUGAAAUAAUGGGGGGGGGGGUUGUAUUAUUUCCUGCGCUGGGUUAUCUGUGUAUGUUAUUGUUUAAAAAUUGUAUUCACAAUAAUGUCAUUUGCCUUGCUCACUUGUAACUCCUUGGGUCCAACAGAAUGGGAGGAAGGUCUUGUUGAAGUGUAGCCAUUGGAUCUUUCUUGCAUUUAUGGAAUUGCUUUUUCCUUCCCAAGGAAACUGAUGUUUGCUUGUCUGGUUUAUCUUUGUAGCACACAAACAGUUCAGCCUUAGACUGUGUAAAACUGUUUUUUUUUUUAUCCUUACCUAAAAAUAAGGAUCAUACUGUAUUGCAAGAUUGUUCAGGGGGUAGCAGUGGAGGGGGUGGUCCCUAAAUGGCCCCCAAAGAUGUUUGAUUUGUUUCUGAUCAGCUGCUUUGUCUAUUUCUUGAAUUUUAUAGUGAAAUUACUGAACAUUAAUAGAUUUGCACAACCACAAAGAAUGAGAAUUGAUAAUACUGAAGGAAUGAUGCAAAAAUAUUACCACAUGUUAUUCAUCAUUGAAAGUAUGACAAAUAAAUGUCACUUCCUUUCUCUUCUUUCUCAAUUCCCCUGCCUUGCUCUUGCCUGCAAACUCAUCCUUUCUACUUGAGGCUUUUACCUCCUUCCCAGUAUUUACAGAGCCCUGAUGCCCCGGUCUUCUGGGUGGAGAGGGAAGGGAGUGUGUAAACAAAAACUUCACCCUUCAUCCCCAUUUCUGGAUAUCUUACCAUUUCAGGAGCUUUGGUCUUGGUGUGCUCGGGGCCAGGAACACCAAGUUUCCAGGGGCAGUAUAAAACAUUCCUGCACCCCUUGACUGUUCCAAGUAUUUCUGCAUUAAACUUGAAGCCUUCAGAGAUUUACCACCAUCUAAUGUGAGAAUGAGGAUUAGAUUCUUUGGUGUUUGAAUUUCUCAUUUACUCAUCAAGAAAACCCCUAAUGAUAUAGUUUUAUAUAAUGUGUAUACAGAGUAGACUUGUUAAUAAUUACAUUGCUUGGCUGGGGCGCCCUCAUGGGGCACUGGCAACGUGGAAUGUAGAGGGCUCAUUCUUCCCCUCCUAGAGGCCACUGGCUUCCUUUGUAUAAAGAGGGAGAAAUGAUUAUAAAAAGAGAAGUUGGCAUGUCCAGUUUCAUUACUGCCCCCUUGGGUUAACCAGCAGGAGGAUUUUGCAUCAUGGAACUGGAUGAUCCAUUGCCCAAAAGGCCACUAUCGUUACCUUUGACAAAAUAGAUCCAGCAAGAAUAUUGAAAAGCUUGAAAGUGUCACUUUUGAAAAAAUUCUUUUGCAUUCAGCAUGGACUUGACCGGGCAUCUAUGAAGAUUAUUUUUUUGCUUCAUUUUCUAAAGUUGUAUUUAGAAAAGUCUUAAGUAUUGUGCUUUGUAAAAGAAAAUGAUUAAAAUGAAAUUUUGUGAAAAA